GGUUUAUUUACGGGGUUGUGAAACCUUUAAAAGCAGAAGACUUCCUGCACAGCAGUUUAACCCACAACAGGUGUAAGAGCACGUUGAAUAAACCUAACUUGAGAAUAUUCUGGUUUCAUCUUUGACUUUGCAAUCAUGGGACUCAUUGGAGUUUCACGAAAUCUUCUGGUGUUCAUAUCGGUUCUGUAUCUGACCAGUGCAACAACAACACCACCACCACCACCACCACCACCAACAACAACAACAACAACAACAACAGCACCCUUCACAACGUCUACAACUCCAACUACCAGUACAACCAGGACAACUGCAAUUUUCUAUCCAUUUGGCUCGGCGGUCGGAGACUUUAAGACUCUUGUUAAUGGUAGUGAAGACUCCGCUACAGUUUACCUAACCAGUCCGUUUGUAUAUUUUGGGCGCACAUACAAUCAAAUAUAUGUUAACUAUAAUGGACUCCUUUCAUUCAACCAACCUUUACAAGAAACUCCUUACACUUUUCCUAAUGGAGGUCAAGAUGUAAUUGCUCCUCUCUGGGUUGACUUCGAUGACUAUGGAAUUAUUGCGUUUUACUACCAGGAGUACACAUCUGGAAAUGUCCUCACACGAGCCACAGAAGAUAUCAAACGCUAUUACCCUGGUCUGAGCUUCAACGCUACUUGGGUCUUUGUGGCAACUUGGGACUAUGUUGAAACUUGGGAUUUAAACACAUUUUUACAUCAUUCAGCCCCAUCAAACUUGUUUCAAGCGGUUUUAAUUUCGGAUGGUGUCUCCUCCUUUACUCUGAUGAACUAUGGUGACAUGAGUGUGAUCAAUUAUCCAGUGGAGGCUGGAUAUGACACAAUAGGCUCCACACAUUACUUUGUCAUUCCUGGAUCAAACAAUGGCAGCCUCACGUCCUUAAGUAAUGUAAACACUCCAGGCCGUUGGGCUUUCUCUGCAAAUCAAGGCAUUGUACAAUUUUCAGAGAUUUUCUAUCCAGUUGGUUUGGCAGCAGGAGACGCACAAACUGUUGUUGUUGGCACUGAGGACUACGUUCCAGUUUACCUGUCCAGUCCAUUUCUGUAUUUUGAGCGGCCAUACAGCCUGAUAUAUGUAAACAAUAAUGGACUCCUUUCAUUCAACCAAGCGAUCCCAGAAUCAAAUCCUUACACUUUUCCUUCCGGAGGUGAAGAUUUAAUUGCUCCUCUCUGGACUGAACUGGAUGACUAUGGGCUUGGUGAGUUCUACUAUCAGCAGUACACAUCUGGAAAUGUCCUCACACGAGCCACAGAAGAUAUCAAACGUUAUUACCCUGGUCUGAGCUUCAACGCUACUUGGGUCUUUGUAGCAACUUGGGACUAUGUUGAAACUACAGAUUUAAACACAUUUUUAUAUCAUACAGCCCCAUCAAUCUCGUUUCAAGUGGUUUUAAUUUCGGAUGGUGUCUCCUCCUUUAUUCUGAUGAACUAUGGUGACAUGAGUACAAUAGUUUAUCAAACAGAGUCUGGAUUUGACACAGUUGGCUCCAAGCAUUACUUUGUUGUUCCUAUGUCAAACGACGGCAACCUCAUCCCCAACCUCAAGUCCACAAGUAAUGUAAACACUCCAGGCCGUUGGGCUUUCUCUGUGAAUCGAGAAAAUGUGGUAGGACUUCAAAUGAAAGUCACUUCAUUGUUAGACCUAACAGACAGUGGGAACCUUGCGUUUGUUAUGCAGAAACUGAAAGACGAGCUGGUUAUUCUGGGUCUGCCGAGCGAUGUGCGGGUGACUGCACGCAGAGUCGAGAAGACUCCUUAAAAUAACCUUCAUAUACAGAAGCAAAUUAAAACCAGUUUUAGUCUCUGACACCAGAUAGUCUUGCUGUUGUCAAACUAAUAAAGAGAAAAUUAAUGUUGCUCAACUGGAUGAGGAACAUUUGUGCUCUCGACUUUCUGUUUCACAUACAUAUAACAUUCUUGUUUAAAUAUAGCCUAAGAGUAAAGUUUUUGAUCACUAUUUCUGUAAAUAUUUCUUCCUGACUACUUUUUACUUAUUUCCUACUGUAUGUAGC